CCCCCACCCCCGGAACUGCUGAGACUUCUCAGGUUUGAAAACUGCGGAUUUCACUUAGCAGUGAAAACCGGGACUGAGGAAGGAAGGUGACCCACUGCCCCGAGCAGACAGGGCAGUGCGGUUCCUGCCCCUGCCCAACACACGCCUCCCUCUCCACUCCCCCCUGCACACACCAGGAGGCCCCUUCUGGGAGGAGGGGUGAUGAGAUCAGGGACCCACUGCUCACGGAGGCCCAGAGAGGACUGGGGACACUUCUCUGGGACUGCUCCCGGAACCCCACGUCCCCAGACACCCUCCAAUCUCCGCCUGGAGCCCGGGGGUCUGGGGAGGGCUUAGGGAGGAGACAGGUGGAAGGAGGAAAUGAGGGAAGAGGUAAUGAUAAGGAAGCAGCUGGGUGGAGGGCGCAGGGCAGAGGAAGGUGAAGGGGAGGGCGGGGAUGAGAGAGAAACCUCAUCCAUCCAGGAGAGAAAGGGGAGGGAGGAGGGGGAGGGAAGAGAGAGAGAAACCUCAACUUUUAUUUAAAAUCAGAGAGCAGUUGUACGCCUGGAGUCGUUGCCAUGGCAACCGCAAAGAAAAGGAGAUAGAGGCCUGGCGAAGCCGAGAAAACCCAAUAGGGGUAAAUGUUUAAAGCCAGGAACAAAAACCAUUCAGAGAUAAUUAAGUAACAGGCUGCAGGUUCCAGACUCCUGCCCAUUGUCGGGGGACUCGCCCGAGACUCCAGCCCGCCCUGCUCUCCCUUCUCCACCCGGUGUCUGUCCUCCCUCGGAGCCUAGUCCUCCCUUACUCCAGGGGCUCUGGGAAGCAGCCGGGAGCACCCCGCCCCCCCCCCCCCCAGCCUCCUCCCCUCUGGCAGGGGGCUGCCCUUCUCGGUCCGGCCCCAGAUGAGGCUGGACAGGCUUUCUCGACUGUUAGCAAAGUGCAGUCUCGUAGGGGAAACAGGAGGGACUUCGGUCGGAUCCGCGGAAGAAUUUCUGGGUCACUAGAUGGAUGUGACACCUAAGGUGUGGACUUUCUUCCCUCUGGUGACCUCGAGGGUAAAGCGUGCAGGCUGACCUCUGUGUUGACCCUCGCCCUCCAGGUCUGAGAUGCUGGGGUCCCCCGGGGCUCUUCCUCCAGAAGGGGGGUACGUCCUAGCUGGGAGCUUUGCUGGAGCUGCUGACCUGAAUGCUUCUUAGGGCUCCUCCAGCAGGACUUAAUCUUCCCAGGCCUCAGGAUGGCUGAGAACUGAGCUGGUAUUUGGGGGUUAGGUGUGCUCUGUAGCCAUUUUUUUUUUUUUUUUUUAAUGACGAAGUACUUUUGUAUGUUUUAAGUCAGUUUCACUCAGUCACCUCGCCCCCCACCCCAGACAUCACAACAGCUGGCUGGCCCCUUGCCCCACCUCCUUGGGACGAUAAUCCUCAGUUCUGCCUCCCAAGACAUGGUGACUCUCAGAGCAGGUGGCAUUCUCUCCUCCCUCAUCCGUAGAAGCCGCUCGGAACUGAAGGCCCAAAUAGCUAAGUCGGAAGAGUCCCGUCUCCUGUCUGCAGCCCUCCUUCCCGCUGUUAUGACCCACUUCCGGUCCUUGCCUCCAGAUACCCUAAAUUUUAUCCUUAGAUUGCACCAGACCCUCGGAGAGUGAUAAACUGAGACCGAAUGGCUCUGGCCUCUCAAAGAAUUGCCUUCACUGAGCUGAGCAUUUGGCCGCGUGCCACCGGCAUGCACUGAAGAAUGUUCUAAGGAGUAACCCUUGAACAUAUUGUAUUUAUGGUAGGGAUGUUGCCCAGGUUAUGGUUCAACACAUCGCAGUAUUUGUUAUGUGAGGAUCCUUGGAGAAAGUUCUGUAGCGGUGCUUUUCCUAAGCCGUCAGAUGGUUUUUAUUUUAUGGAUACUGUACAUUGUGUCGCUGAUUUUGAAUUUUUCCUUUUUGCACUUGCUGCUUGGAAGCUCACGGCUAGCCUUGCAAUUGGUCUCUGAUGAAGCAUGGAAGAGCUUGUGGCAUGUGUCGACUAUAUUAACUUUAGCCCCAUCUCAAUUUACUUCUCCAGUCCUUAUUCUCUUUCCCUGCUUGCCCAGUCACCCCCACCUUACCCAAUGUCAGCUUUCUUAUCAAAAUUUAUUGUUUUUUUUUUAUUUUAACGUUUAUUUAUUUUUGAGAGAAAGAGAGAGAGAGUGGGGGAGGGGAGAGAGAGAGGGAGACACAGAAUCGGAAGCAGGCUCCAGGCUCGCAGCUGUCAGCACAGAGCCCAACGCGCGGCUUGAACUCACGAACCACGAGAUCAUGACCUGAGCUGAAGUCGGAUGCUUAACCGACUGAGCCACCCAGGCGCCCCUUGAAAUUUAUUGUUUAUAUCAUUGACUAAAUGUCCACGUACUUUGCCUCGAAUCUUGUAUGCAAUAAGUAAUUGAGUUAAGAUACAUAAAACAUACAGCAUAGUGUCCAGCAAAUAAUAAGUGAGCAGCUACUAAAACGUCAGCUGCUAUUUUAAGUAACAAAACAUCCAAAUUUUUGGUCAUCUUCCUUUUCGAGGUGGAGUCCCCCGGAUUAAAGACCUUCUGUAAACAUAGUGAACUCCCAGCCGCACCAUGGUAACACCCAGCCACUGCUCUUUCUAAUCUUUUUUUUUUUUUUUAACUUUGGAAUACAUGAUGCUGAUAAUGACAAAGGUAAUAAUCAGAUUUGCCUUGCUCGUUACUGCUGACUGGGACUGCUAUUUACAUGAGGUCUAAUUCCCUGCUUGCUCCAAGACUGACAACGAGAACAUUCUGGGUGACAGAGGGAGGCAGCCUGCCCGGGAUUAAGAUUUUUCCAUGGAUAAUCUCUAAAGUGAGAAACGCAAGGGCCAGUAAUUGAGAGCUGAUUGCCUUUCUUUGGAUCGGUUGUGCCUAGCCAGACGGGGCAAGAACUGAGCCCGCGGAAGGCAACAAGGUGAGACCAGAAGCGGUUGACAACACAUGACCUCUGGGAGCCUUGCAGAACCGUGUCAGGGACCCAGACCCGCUUCAGCCAGGAGCCGGCCGACCAGACCGUGGUGGCAGGACAGCGGGCCGUGCUCCCCUGCGUGCUGCUCAACUACUCGGGCAUCGUGCAAUGGACCAAGGACGGGCUGGCGCUGGGCAUGGGCCAGGGCCUCAAAGCCUGGCCACGGUACCGGGUCAUGGGCUCUGCAGACGCUGGGCAGUACAACCUGGAGAUCACGGACGCCGAGCUGUCUGACGACGCCUCCUACGAGUGCCAGGCCACGGAGGCCGCCCUGCGCUCGCGACGGGCCAAGCUCACCGUGCUCAUCCCCCCAGAGGACACCAGGAUCGACGGCGGCCCUGUGAUCCUGCUGCAAGCGGGCACACCACACAACCUCACGUGCCGAGCCUUCAACGCCAAGCCCGCCGCCACCAUCAUCUGGUUCCGGGACGGGACUCAGCAGGAGGGCGCGGUGGCCAGCACGGAGCUGCUGAAGGAUGGGAAGAGGGAGACCACCAUCAGCCAGCUGCUCAUUAACCCCACAGACCUGGACAUCGGGCGUGUGUUCACCUGCCGCAGCGUGAACGAGGCCGUCCCGAGCGGCAAGGAGACUUCCAUCGAGCUGGAUGUGCACCACCCUCCCACGGUGACCCUGUCCAUUGAGCCACAGACGGUACAGGAGGGUGAGCGUGUUGUCUUCACGUGCCAGGCCACAGCCAACCCCGAGAUCCUGGGCUACAGGUGGGCCAAGGGGGGCUUCUUGAUUGAAGAUGCUCACGAGAGUCGCUACCAGACGAACGUCGACUACUCCUUCUUCACGGAGCCUGUGUCCUGUGAGGUUCACAAUAAAGUGGGAAGCACCAACGUCAGCACCUUAGUAAACGUCCACUUUGCCCCCCGGAUCGUGGUUGACCCCAAGCCCACGACCACAGAUAUUGGCUCUGAUGUGACCCUCACCUGUGUCUGGGUGGGGAAUCCGCCCCUCACCCUCACCUGGACCAAAAAGGAUUCAAACAUGGGGCCCAGGCCCCACGGCUCCCCACCCGAGGCUGCUCUCUCUGCCCAGGUCCUGAGUAACAGCAACCAGCUGCUGUUGAAGUCAGUGACCCAGGCCGAUGCCGGCACCUACACCUGCCGGGCCAUCGUGCCUCGGAUCGGAGUGGCCGAGAGGGAGGUGCCCCUCUACGUGAACGGGCCCCCCAUUAUCUCCAGCGAGGCGGUGCAGUAUGCCGUCAGGGGUGACGGUGGCAAAGUGGAGUGUUUCAUCGGGAGUACGCCGCCCCCCGACCGCAUUGCCUGGGCAUGGAAGGAGAACUUCCUGGAGGUGGGGACGCUGGAGCGCUACACGGUGGAGAGGACCAACUCGGGCAGCGGAGUGCUGUCCACACUCACCAUCAACAACGUCAUGGAGGCCGACUUUCAGACACACUACAACUGCACGGCCUGGAACAGCUUCGGGCCGGGCACGGCCAUCAUCCAGCUGGAGGAGCGAGAGGUGCUGCCCGUGGGCAUCAUCGCCGGGGCCACCAUCGGAGCGGGCAUCCUGCUGACCUUCUCCUUCAUCGCCUUGGCGUUCUUCCUCUAUCGCCGCCGCAAAGGCAGUCGCAAGGACGUGACCCUGAGGAAGCUGGACAUCAAGGUGGAGACGGUGAACCGCGAGCCACUCACGAUGCAUUCCGACCGGGAGGACGAUACUGCCAGCGUGUCCACUGCGACUCGGGUCAUGAAGGCCAUCUAUUCGUCCUUCAAGGACGACGUGGACCUGAAGCAGGACCUGCGCUGCGACACCAUGGACACGCGGGAGGAGUACGAGAUGAAGGACCCCACCAACGGCUACUACAACGUGCGCGCCCACGAGGACCGGCCGGCGUCGCGGGCCGUGCUCUACGCCGACUACCGCGCCCCCGGGCCCGCGCGCUUCGACGGGCGCCCGGCCUCGCGCCUCUCGCACUCGAGCGGCUACGCGCAGCUCAGCUCCUACGGCCGCGCCCCCGCGUCCGACUUCGGCCCCGAGCCCGCGGCCCCCGGGCCCGCCGCCCCCGCCGGCGCCGACUCGGCCGGCCCGCUGUCCUUCGAGAACUACGACAAGUUCAACCCCCACCCCUUCCCCGCGGCGGCCGGCUACCCCACCUACCGACUGGGCUACCCGCAGGCGCCGCCGUCGGGCCUGGAGCGGACCGCGUACGAGCCUUACGACCCCAUCGGCAAGUACGCCACGGCCACGCGCUUCUCCUACACGUCCCAGCACGCGGACUACGGCCAGCGGUUCCAGCAGCGCAUGCAGACUCACGUGUAGGCCCGGAGCGCCACCGAGCGGGGGCGCCUCUGCGGGGCAGAGGACGAGGCUCUCCCGGCCGUUCCCUGAUAUUCAGGGGCGUUGCGCGUCGCUGCGGGGGCUGCGGGGCCCGGACCGGCCUGCCGCCGCCGCCCGGGGCAGGUGGGGAGCAGGUCUCCCGGAAACACCCCCUCCCGAGGAUGGUGCUCUGUGCAUGCCCCAGCCUCCUGGGCCUGCCCUUCCCUCUUCUUCGGGAGGACGUGUGUCUUCUGACCUGCGCUCUCGCCUGACCCCGGCACGGGGUGGGCCAGGGAAGCGAAGGUUGUGGAGAGCCGAGGGGGGCACUUUUUAGCAUUCCCAUUCUGUCCCCCCCCCCCCCCCGCUCCCCUGAGUGGACAGGGCCGUGUGAGGAUGAGCAGGCCUGGGCCGAGGGGACACGCGGCGUGGGGUGGGGUGGGGUGGCUCUGGCCCAGACGGGUGGGAACGGGACAGCCUGGCCGGCCCCUCUGCUCUCUGCACUCGUACCCUGGCAGCGUCCCUCCUUCCGGGAGACUGCGGAAGGCUUUGCUGGGUUUCUUGUGGCUGUGCACUCCACAGCCCUGGCGCCGAGUUCAGGCCCAGCCCUCAUUCGGCUGAGCCGAACGCAAGUGCCAGCCUUCUGGCUGCUCCCCGUGGACACCUGUGUGUCAGCUUUCGCAGGACCCACGUUUCUCCAGUAGCACCCUCCUCCUUGCCCCUCCGUGCAGGGCCAGCCAGAGAGGUCAGGGUCGUGGUGGAGACGAGAACGGUGGGGACCCGUGUCCUGUUUGACCAGCACGAAGGCUGUAUGCUACAGAGUGGUUCCAGAGUCCCCUCCAGAGGGGCCCCUUCCCUCCCCAGCGGGCCCUGCGUCCUGGCUUGAACUCUUGAGCCUGGUGCCAUGAGGGUGGGAUGCUAUAGGCUGUUUUUCAAAGACAACAACAACGACGACGACAGAAACAAUAAAAACCUCAUGUGGGGAGGAAAAAAUAAAAGCUGUAGGGAUUCCCCCACCCCAAGUCCCAGUGGGAAGGAAAGGGGGCACCUGCUCACCAGAUUCCUAACACCGUCCAUUACUCUCGAUUUCCAAGCACUUUGAAUCCAUUUUUAAACAUUCAGGUGGUAAGACCUGUCUCCAGUGGGCUCUGACAGGUUUAGGGAGGAGGCCUGGCUCUCAGACUCGCUGUCCUGCCCACCAGCUAGCUGGUCAGAGAGGCCACUUUCUGGUGGCACCGAACUGUCGACAGGUUUUGGCUUGUUAAGUGUCUUUUUUUUUUUUUUUUCCCUUGGACCAAUCAGAUUCCUUCUUCCACUUUCAGUGCCUUGAGUGUCCAGCUUUGGUUGACCAGCCCUGUGUGGGUGGCCACAGGGGACAGGUACUGCGAGCCCCAGAGACACCGUCAGGUGUUGCAGAACGUGGGGAGGGGGGCGGUGGGUGAGGGACCUGGAGAGGAAGGAAGGGCUGACCCAGUACGGUAGCACAGGGAGGGCACUGCAGGCUGUCAUGCCCAUGCUGUUCCCACACACACAUUCCACAUGGCCAUUCACAGCCACCACCUUCUGACCAAAGAGAACUGUGCCCCCGCCCCCGGCCUCCCCUUCUCCCGAUGAGCGGGGCCUCUGGGGCGAUCCCCAGAACGCGCUUUGCCCUUUCUCGCGGUCACCGCUCAUUAGUCAUGUUUGUUUUAAUGAGUUACAUGCUCAUCAGCCACGGGCCAUCGCCACCUUUGCGGAUGGGUCUGUGGGGUGACAUUCCUCACCGUCCCUGCUGCUGAGGACCAGCUAACGCCCAGGAAGAAAGUAGCUCAGUUCCGGCGUAGCGGGCUGCCUCCGUGUCCCCCUCGGCUGCAGCAGCGGCAAAUCCUGGGUGGCUCUUUGCCGGCUGGGGGCCUUGUCCAGGCUCCAGCUGUAUUCUGUCCCCUCCCCGUGGGGUCUGACACCUCCCCACAGAGUCCUACAUGAGCCACGCGAGAAGAUCUGUGAAGGAUGCAGGUUCCUGUGCAGAUGAUUUCGCACGUAUUUUGAUUCUCUUUGCAGAAACACAAGCCAUUCAUGAUGCAAACAAAGUCUAAAGAUGGCAAUGGCUUUUUAAACUUUAGGCAUAUUCCAAGAAAUGCUCCGUUGUGUUUGGGGUUUGGCCACGUUCUGUUUCCUCCUUUUUGGUUUUCGUGCUGGGCCCAUUCUGUUGAAAUGAUGGAGAGGAGGGGCCCAAGGUCACUAGCUAACUCAGCCGAUGCUACAGGGACCAUUAGUUUUCAGAAGCUUGUUCGCAGCCACUCCCCGUUCUCUGUUCUUUAACACAUGAACCAGGGCCUCCUGGGUGUUGACUUUGCACAGUGCGAGGCACAGAGAGACACCAGCAACCCAGGCCCUCUCCGCCUCUGCAACUUGCACGCUGGUCUGAUCACAAUCUGAAUUUGGGCCUGCCUGUUGGGCUCAAUGGGAUUGCUUUUCUGGGGAGCCGAAGGUGCCCUUCCUUGAACAUAGAGCUUUGCUGUCCGAGGCGGGGGCCCUCCAGCAGGGUGCCUGAGUGCUUGACGCGGUCACCUUGGCGAUCCUGAUCCCCUUUCACAUUCUCGUUUUGGUGGGAGAGCACCGCACUAGGGGUCAGGACGCCUGGGACCCUGUUCUGAAGCUGCCAUCGACUGAGUGACCUUGGCCUAACCUCUUUACAUUUAUUGCCCCCGAUUUUCUGGCCUUAAAAGGAGGGGGGCGGAUUGCACAACCCUAGAAUUAUUCUCUUCUUGCUGUAUUCGUUUGGUGAGGUGAAGGGCCCAGCCACCCCUUGUGAGGAGCUGGGAAAAGUAAGUGAGCCGGGGAGGUCUGGGGAGUAGGAGAUUCUCUCUUGAAAAAACAGCUUGUACUGUGGGCCUCUUGUUGGAAGCGUCGUGAAUGAGUUUCCAUCAGGGUCCCCUGGAUCUCAAAUGGCAGCAAAGCAUACCCUAAGCCUCGGUGCCAUUGGUGUGGGGGGUAUCCUCUGACCGUUGGGAACGGCCGCUCAUGGUUGGGGACCCACUCGGAAUGCUGCCGGUUUGGCAAAGCCACCUGCCGGUCUAGGGCAGGGCAUGGGGACUUUCUUUCCUUGGUGCCCUGGUUCCAGGCAGCUUUGACUCGGGGAGACUGAGAGCAGCCACCCCCGACCCCGUCCUCGGGAGCCAGGGAUGCUGCCUCGUUCUCGCGGAGCGGGGUGAAACCUCUGGGCCCAGGUAUCUCGAGCCGCAGGGUGAGGCGUGAGCUCGGCCAGCCCGUCUGUGAAGCGGCAGGUAGGAGGUCGGCCAAUAGAAACAGGUAGAGCAGCUUUAACGUAAACUCUGGAGCUCGAAGAGGUUCUUGUGAUUCUGGCUGAGCCGCGGUCUCUUUCCUCAUGGGGGGGGGGGCCAGCCUGCACCCCAAAUCCCGGAUCCCUCUAAGUCCAGCCCCAGAGUCCUCGGGAGGUCAGGAAGGAGAGCCACAGGGGACGGAGCGGUGUUCCCCGGAACGCCAGCCCUGGGAUGGAAAAGGUUGUCUUGACCCCUGUCCUGGAGCCCCUCUUGCCCCCACGCUCAGUCAGGAGCCACAGGUCCUAGGCUCCUUAGCAAGGAAUCCGGUGGUCGGCCAGGUGGUAAGAAAACCACAUCAAAGCCCAGCCCCCAGCGAGACUGAACUGGCUCAGUCGCUGCCUCGCUCCUUGCUGUGUGGACGCUUCCGUCCGUGGACGCUGCACUCCUCGGCCGCCCCAGCCCCGGAAACCCUGGCUUCUCUGCCACGUUAGCUCAGGUCUGUCCUGAGAGGGUCACCGCCCUGCGCCCCUACAGGCCCUCGUGAGGGAGGCCCCUGAAAGGCGUCCGUGUAGCUCCUGACUCAGCAUGACCAGCAGGGAGAUGGCCGUGGGACACUGAUGCACACAGACCAAGGGGCACAACUGGAAAGACAUUUAUUUUUGUGAAGAGGCUAUAAAACUAACAUUUAAAUACCCCACUUCCUUGUCCCUGCCUUCCCCUCCCUCCCGCCAUCCCCCAUAGUCUCUGUCCUCUCCCGGAGGCCAGCCUCGUUGGCCUGCUCUCCCGCCUCGGGCUCGGGCUCGUGGCAAGGGCGGAGAUGCGUGUGGCCCCCUGGGAGGGUCCAGAGAGUGGGGGUUGGGGGAGGGCAGGUUCCCAUUUUCUUGCAUCACUGUGAGGGAGCUCCAGGCCCCGUCCCUGGAGAAAUCAUUGCUGCGCAGAAGUCACAGGCCAUAUGGGCGGUUCUGGUACAAGCCUGCCCUUAGAAAUAAUAACGGUGAAAAUAAUAAUAAUGAAUAAUAAUAGUGAGUCCAUUUGCAUAGAACUAUCACAUUCCCGCCAGCCUCCUGCCCCUGCUCCUGGCUUUUCGCUGGCCGUGACCACUGGCCUUUUCGAGGGUCGGUGGGCCAUGGGGCCGCCUACGUGCUUCUGGAGAUCAGAUGCUGCCCCCCCCCCCCCCAGAAUACCCCUCCCUGGGGAGAGAGCAGCCAAGCUGCCAUUUCGGUCACGCUCGACACCACCUUGUAGCAGCCGUGACCCCGGAGGCCUGGCUGUUCCGUGUUGGCCCAGAGGCGCCCGGGGCCCCGGUGGUCGGGUUGUCCACCCUGUCCGCCCUUGGGGUCCCAGCCUGCGUUUCUGGCUCGAGUUGAGUUUUCUGCUCCCAGACCCCGAUAAUAAAUGGAUCCAUGAUGACAAGACAAGAGGAAAAAAAAUAUUAUUUUUGUUAGGACAGACCAUCGUAGGUUUUUAGCAAUGUGUCUGUGUGUCCUCACGCCUUUUCCUAUUCUGCCUGUUUUCAUUUUCCUUUUUUUUAAAUAUUAUGUACUAUAUUUUUAGUCUCAAACACGCUAUAUAUUAUAUAUAUUUAAUUUUUUUAUAUAUAUAAAUAUAAAUGUUUUAAAAAGUA